UAUGCGGACAUAAUUGAAAAUUCUGGGUAUACGGAAAACGUGGAGGUGGUCCAGAUUCGUGUGAAUGACUCAGGAAAGGAUCGGCUUCAGUUUAUCACGCUAAGGAACGAGUGGCCACUCGUGUUCAUUAAAGGCGAUGCGGUAGGCGGUUUGGACGAGCUGAAGAAGCUUUCUGAGACUGGUGUACUCUCGGAAUGGUUGAAAGAUCAUCAAUAUGAUUUGAUUGUAAUUGGCGGUGGAUCAGGAGGACUAGCUGCUGCUAAGAUGGCUGCUGGUUUUGGGAAGAAAGUUGCCGUGCUGGAUUACGUGAAUCCAUCACCACAAGGAACUUCAUGGGGUUUAGGUGGUACUUGUGUCAAUGUGGGUUGCAUACCUAAGAAGCUUAUGCAUCAAGCAUCACUGCUCGGACAUAGUAUAAAGGAUGCGAAGAUGUUUGGAUGGAAAAUACCUGAUGGUGAAAUCGCCCAUAACUGGAUGACUCUAAAGAAUGGUGUUCAAGAUCAUAUCGCAGCCCUGAACUGGGGAUACCGCGUUCAACUACGUGAAAAACAAGUCACAUACAUAAAUUCCUAUGGUAAGUUCACAGGACCGUUCGAGAUUUCUGCUACCAACAAGAAGGGUGCCGUGGAAAAGUUAACGGCUGAUCGGUUUCUAAUCGCUACCGGCCUUCGUCCUCGUUAUCCAGAAAACGUUCCUGGGACUCGAGAGUUUUGCAUUACAAGUGAUGAUCUCUUCUCUCUUCCUUACGCACCGGGAAAAACACUGUGUAUUGGUGCUUCUUAUGUGUCACUUGAAUGUGCUGGUUUCCUGAAAGGGCUAGGCUUUGAUGUGACGGUAAUGGUUCGAUCGAUUCUUCUGAGGGGGUUCGAUCAGGAUAUGGCUGAGCGUAUCAAAACUCAUAUGAAGGAAUACGGCGUGAAAUUUGAGAGCGCUGUUCCAAGUCGAAUAGAAGAGCUUGAACCAAAGACAAAAAGUAAUGCCGGACGGCUACGAGUCUACUGGAAUAGGACGUCUGCCGAUGGUUCGAAGACUGAAACCAGCAAAGAGUUUAACACCGUUGUAAUUGCAAUUGGUCGUGAUGCGAUGACCCACGAUAUCGGUCUUGAUGUAAUAAGAGUAGAAACCAAUAAUAGAGGAAAGGUUAAAGGUCGUCGAGAACAAUCUCUGACCUGUCCUUACGUCUAUGCAAUUGGUGAUGUUUUGGAGAAUACGCCCGAACUAACCCCUGUGGCCAUUCAGGCUGGCAGAGUCCUUAUGAGGAAACUUUAUGAUGGAGUUGAUGAACUUACGGAGUACGAUAACGUGCCAACAACUGUGUUCACUCCCCUUGAAUACGGUUGUUGUGGUCUUUCGGAAGAGAGUGCCUUCGAACGCUGGGGAAAGGAAAAUGUCAUAGUGUAUCAUGCCGUUUUCUUCCCAUUGGAGUAUACCGUCCCCGAAAGAAUGGACAAAGAUCACUGUUAUUGCAAACUCAUAUGUCUGAAGAAUGAAGAGGAGCGAGUACUGGGCUUCCAUAUACUUGCGCCAUCAGCUGGUGAAAUCACACAAGGUUUCGGAAUAGCGUUAAAGUUAGGAGCAAGGAAAUCAGAUUUUGAUCGCCUUAUUGGAAUUCAUCCUACGGUUGCAGAGAGCUUUACAACGCUCUCACUAAUCAAGAAGGAGGGAUAA